AGGUGGCUGACGACUGCGCAGUUGGUGCUUUACUCAGUCGAUACACUGCUACUAUAACCCUAAACAACACUAACUUAAGUUUAUGGACUGGAAUGUAGACUUUCACCUCACCUAAAGUGGACUGUGCUGCUGACGACAUGGCUACCAUUGUUGUCGGGUUUAUUUUGGUGAGCUCGUCUUUCUGGAGCAACUCUGUCCUCGCUGUUGCUCAAGCAUGUGUCGAUGAGGGCCGCUUUGCGGAGCACGUAGUCUACGAAGGGCAGCAGGAUCCUCCAUACCGGCUGAACUGCUCUUUGGAGUCAACUCAACAUGCCCAGGAUGACUCCCAGCCCCACGUGGCUUGGCUAAAGAACUGUCAGCAGCUGAACACUGGAACUGCCUACCUGAACUUCGUAAGCAUCACUUUGGGAGACGCAGGAAAUUACACCUGUCUGCAGCCAGGCAACAGCACAGCCUUGUUUACUGUGCACCUCAUAGUUAAAGCAUCCAUCUGCUCCCAAGCUCCAGAAUUCAAAUCUAAUGAGGUUGGGAACAAACUCUUAGAGAAGAUUGGGUCCACUGUGAAUUUGAAUUGCACUGCCUUGCUCUCCUGGGACCCGACAGACAAGCAUUGUGACGCCACGCUGCAGUGGACAAAGAAUGGCAAAACUGUCAGCAACAGCUCCCUGCUUUUGCAAAACACCUCCUCAUGGUUUCUUGCUGGGGGUCAGUUGAUGGUGAGCAGCGUGCUGGUGGUCAGUCUUCAGAAGGUGGAUGAUUUUGGACCAUACAGCUGUACAGUGCGGAACUCUUCCUCUGACUUCAACCUGCAGAAUUCAAGCAGCGCCAAUCACACUGCUGCUGUCACUGCGGCCUUCAUUCUCCUCAUUCUGCUGGCUGUGGCUGCUCUCGUGUACACCAAGUGUCACCUGAACAUCAAGCUGUGGUACCACAACUCUUAUGGAGACUACGAGAUGAACGAUGGGAAGUUGUACGACGCCUACAUCUCUUAUGUGAACAAUGACUAUGACAGGAAAUUCAUCAACUUUAUUCUCAAACCUCACCUGGAGAAUAAAUAUGCAUAUAAGGUGCACCUCAACGAUAAUGACAUCCUGCCUGGCUCAGAACCGUCAGCUGAACUGUUAAUGAACAUAAGUCGCUCUCGUCGUCUCAUUGUGUUGCUGUCUCACGCGUACCUCGAACAGGACUGGUGCUCAAUCAGCUUCAGACAGGGCCUCCAACACUUAUUGGAGCUGUGUAAGCAGCCCGUCAUCAUCAUCGUGCUGGAGGGUCAGCUGAAGCACAUGAGGCCUCAGAUCAAGCAGCAGCUCAGUGAGCACCAACACAGUCUUACCAUACUCACAUGGAGGCACAACUCUGUGACUCCCUCCUCCGUCUUCUGGAAGGAGCUGGCCUUAGCGAUGCCUCGCAGGGUGAUUUUCCACAUUGAGGCUGCAGGAGACCCCCAGACGGCCCUACAGGAUGAUAAAGACCCCAUGCUGACCCUUGACCCCGACUAUCUGGACUGUCGCUCUGACACAGACCCCGCUGGAGACCUGGGUAUACGUCUCCCAAUGUACAAAGCUAUGACCUGUAAGGCUCCAAUGCUGCCAGUUGCUUCCAUCAGCAUGCGGGAACCGAAACCCUCUGACAUCGACGUGUCAGACCUGGGAUCACGCAACUAUGGAGCUCGCUCAGACUUUUACUGCCUGGUCACUAAGGAGGACAUCUGAGCCCACAGUCUAGUCCUUUUUAUGAGCACCAAUAGAUUUAAUGUUAUAUUUGUGUUGGUUAAUUCAAAAUGCCCCUCCUGUUUUUACAAUUAUUGAUUUCAUAUUUCAAAUCUGAUAUUUUUGAGUAUUUUUGUAUCUUUAAAAUUGUAUUAAGGAUAUAACAUUUUCAGAUGUUUUGUUGACAAUCAUUUACAUUCCAGUGCUUGUUUCGAUGGAAGAUGUUGCAUAAUGCCCAGCAGAGGGCAGACAAGUGACCGAUCAGGUGGAAAUAUUGACAGCAGUCAAAGUUCAAAAGUCAAAUUUGAGGUCCCGGAACAUGACUGCAGGGCCCAAGGUGACACUUGAUGUCAUUUCUUUAUGACAUAAACACUAUAUUGGACCAUGUGGGGCCCACACAAAUAAGACAGUUAAGUGAAAUAGGCGGUUAUUUGCCUGCUGAUCUCUGCCCUCAUGGAGUCAUUAUGAGCUGCAGUGAAGUGGGAGGCUACAGAAGGGUGCAGCAAGGGAAGGGCUGGAAUUGUUCCUGUCUGAGCAGGAGCAAGUAUGUAAACAGGGAGUGGUCGACAUUUCAGCACUUUAGUGUCGGCUUGUUAGAGACACAGCAAGUACAUGCACCUCACACGUUAGAUCUGUUUCUUUAUUCAAUCAGAGGAUAUAGCAGCAUGUAUAUGACAUAUGCUAAGGAACAAAAAAAAACAGCUUUUUAAAAUACAACAUUGACACAUCGCUGUCAAAUAAUGCAUGUCAUUGGAGGAAAAUCAAACCUAUAGUGGAAAUCAAAAUUGUGACAUGGACCGUUGACAAAAAUAAAAACCUUGAUGACUAAACAAACACAUGAAAA